AAUUUGGCGCUAGUGCUGGGAAAGCGGAAGCUUUUUGAAGCUUUGAAUCAACUGAACCAAUUCCUCCGCAAAAUGAUUCACGAAGCGUUUGAAAAACAGCAAACUAGUUGAACCUGCUAGUCAAAAUGUUUAAAAAAAGCGUAACGGGAAUAACGUCUAAACACGAGAUUGUAAGUUUUAAAAUGUUAAGAAAACAAAGGCUUAUUUUGGAAAAUCACAAGUUCCGAGCCACUGAUUCAGAACAAAAGAUUCGAACAAAAUGUUUCGAAGCUUCAUGUUUCGAAAGCGCAUAUCAUCGUGGGUCUGCGUCGCCGCCAUAUUGGACCGGGCAGCUCUUUGUCAGAAGAUUGGUCUGGUGAAAAUAUGCCUGAUUCUUGUGCUGCUUGGGGCUGUAAAAACCGCCGCACCAUCCAAAGCAAAUACCGCGGAGUUACUUUUCACAAGUUUCCUAGGGAGAAAGCAUUAAGGAGGCAGUGGGAACUAGCUACAAGAAGGAAAGGUUUUUCCGCCAGUGACUGCUCUGUGCUAUGCAGUGAACACUUCAAACCACAGGACGUUGAUAGGACAGGUCAAAUAGUCAGAAUUCGAGAUGGAGCUAAACCAUCUGUCUUCAAUUUCCCAACUCAUCUAAAAAAACCAGUGGCACCCAGGAAAACAAGAACAUCAAGGAAAGCUGAAGAGAGCCUGCCAGUGGACUGUUCUCGGCAGCUGGACGAGACUAAACCUCUGUCUAAUCUAGACCACUCCUAUGCAUUGCCUGCAGAUCCCACUGAUCUAAAGACCAGACUCAGUGAAGCCUUGGCUAGAGUGGAGAGUCUGGAGCGAGACAUGAGAAACGUGAAGAAGCGAGAACAGAGGGCAAAGAACAUGGUGCUUGCUCUUCUAGAAGACUUGGAUGGAAAAAACCUCAUAAAUGAAGAGUUGAAACACAAGCUCAAUUUCUACUCGGGGAAAAUGAAAAUAAAAAGUUGAACUUUAUGGCAGAUGAGUUCCAAGCCUGGCCUUAAAAUGAUGUUAGAUAUGUUGAUAUGUAUAUAUGAUUUGUCUAUAGUUCCAGUGCAGUGGUUUGGUGGGAAAAGACUUUAGCCUUCAGUGUCGUGCGAAUUAAUUUAUUUUGUUACAUUAUUUGUCUGCCAUUGUCAUGCAUUUUUUUUGUGUAUGUGUAUUUGUAAUUACUGUAUGUACAGGAAUGGAUAAAUACGAAAAAAAAAAAAUAUAUUGUAAAUAAAUAUUGCAAUAAUAUUUUUAAUAAGAAAUAUUUAAGAUGUGCAGUAAAUUUAACCUCCCCCCCUCAAACAUACUGUUUUUCUAAAUGC